AUGGCUAAUCCAAAGGCACGUGAAGGGUUCUUCGAAUUUCUAACCUUCUCUGGCGAUGGGUCACCCAAGAUUGUGAAUGGUUUCCAUAACUGUGUGAUGAACAAGCGAUCUAUGUGGAUGAGAUGCAUGGAUGAAACGACCAGGUGUGAUCUUCAGGAGUUAUGCGACUUGUUACCAAAAAUGGUUGAUGAGAAGAGCGACGUUUACAGCUUUGGAGUUGUUCUUUUAGAGCUGAUCACCGGCAGGCAACCAGUGGGUGACUUUGGAGAGGAAGGACUAGAUAUUGUCCAGUGGGCAAGGAUGAACACAAAUUGGAGCAAAGAAGGAGUGGCGAAGAUUUUAGACCCAAGGCUGAUCAAUGUUCCAUUGGAGGAGGCCAUGCAGGUGUUCUUCGGGGGGAUGCUCUGCGUCCAAGAGCAGAGCGUCGAGCGGCCCACCAUGAGAGAGGUUGUCCAGAUGCUCAAGCAGACGAAGCAGCCAUCCGGAUUUCAGACACGCUGA